CACGGCGCGUCAUUACAGAUCGAGUUGCUUAAUUUAACCGAUUAAACUAUUACAUUCUGUGAAUUAUACUACAAACAGUACAAAUUAUAAAUUUUAAUUGUGAAUUAUUUUCGUGAGACGUGGGAGAGAUUACUAUAUAUAAUCCCCUUGAAGCCAUGGCGUCUACUCAAUCCAUCCAUCCAAUUUGCUUAUAAUAAAAUUAGGCCAUAUUAUUACUGCCUGUUGAAAGCUAAACCGAAUUAAUAAGUUCUUCAAUGGAGCAAGAAACGUUGAUGAAGUCCAAAUGGGAAGGCAACGUCUCAACAAAGAUAGAAGAUGUUAACGCCGAUCAGAUUUGGCCGUUGAUCAAAGAUUUCUUUGGGAUAUACAAGUACUUCCCUAACCUCCAAGUUUCCUACGGCGUCCAAGGAAAUAACGGCGAGGUUGGUUCCAUCCGCUACUGUGAACAAGUAGUGUCGCCAACGGUGGUGCAUUGGGCCAAGGAGAAGAUAACCGCCGUUGAUCCAGAUCAAAGGUCUCUAACCUUCGAGAUCAUUGAUGGAAAUUCUGGGCUCCGCUCAUGUGUUGCAACUGUAAAAGUUGUGGAUCCAUCAGGUGAACAUGAUGAUCAGUCUCUUGGAUGCGUUUUGUCCUGGACAUUUUCAUUUGAUGCGUUGGAAGGAGUCAAGUUUGAGGAUUUGGUUAAAAAAUAUCAGAUGUGGAUUGAGAUAUGCGCUCAGAACAUGAAGGAUUCCUUAGUGAAGUGAUAUGCACAUUUCCCUCCCAAAUCCUAAGAAAAAGAAAAGUUCAAGUUUUUAUUGCCUCAACUUCCCCAUUGUUAGAGGAGGGAAGAUGUUGUUUUUUGGAUUUUCUUCGAUUACUUACAUGUGUGUAUUGUGACAUGUUGACCCUGAUUUGUAAAUCUGGUCGGGUGACGGUGUGUGAUUCUGUCUAUCCUAUGUAUUCAGCUCUGUUCAUAUGUUUCAACCCUAUCCUCCCUGUGUCUAUAUGUCAUCCGAAGUACCUGCUGAAGUUAAGGCCAAAAUUUAUAUGUCAUCCCACCCCAAAAUGAUAAGCACUACCUCUCUACAAAAGCUCAAAUCGUUUAGGAUCUUAAACAGC